CGCGGCUUCGCGGAUCAGCUGAGCCGCUCGGUGCCUUCAGUAUUCUCCGAGAGGCGAGCGAACGUGGAUGCGUGCCCAGCUCAUUCCCAGGUCGGUCCGAUUGCAUCGAACAACCCAUCCGCGACUUCUCACCCGCGUCGGUCGGUCGGUGGCCGCGGUCGUUGUGCCGUUGUUUGUGGUUAUUUCGGUGCGGGUGCACUUAGAGCCAUCGUACCUUAGGGAGCCUCGACGAGAAAAAGGGCGGAGUGUGUGAGUGUGUUGAUACCGAAUGCCGUUGUUUGGUUUUCGGAACCCGAGUCACGGAGAAAAGAAGAGCAGGGAAGAAGGGAUCACGACGUUAUUCGUUUGGGAAGGAAGCUUGGUUGUACCGCAUCGCAGCCCUUCUUUGUGCAACUCAGCGUGCGUGUGUUGUUUUGUGUAGGUUUUGUGUGUGAAGAAUAAAAGCGCAUACUGGGGGAGAGUGAUGCGUUUCCCGCUGUGCUAACAGAAUCGAUGGGCUCUUUGGCUAGCGUCGAACCCGUCGUAGAAUGGUCCAGUGGAGCACCCGAGAGUGAACGGUGAGCGAGAAGAUAGCUCUCGUGGGAUGUGUUACUAAGAGAGUGUGUUUCUUAGGUUCUAGUUUGGCACGAAACGUAUUUUUAGCCAAAUUGCUGGUUGCCAACAUCCCAACCAUGUGCUAACCAUUUCGCGCAUUCUUAACCGGUAGACCAUUAGUUGGGAUUAGUUUCUCUGUAUGUGUGACUGAGUGUCUGGCAUCAGCUACAGAGAACUAGAGAGCAAGAACUAGUGAACAAAACAAGAAAACAUCCAAAACGUCUUCCUCGAGCCGAGCCAUUGAAAUGGCCGAGGAAUCGUAUGAAAUGAACCCGGCCAGCUCGGCCGAGCUGAACGGUGGACCCGCAGAUCCAGAGGCGGGAACAUCCCCGGUAUCCGGUGUCGGUGGUCGGCGGGCCGGUGCAGCAAAGCUAGAGCCCCUACAGAUACCGGCGGUACCGGCCGUGGAGCAGGAGAUAGCGGCACCGUCGCUGAUUGCCGCUCGGCUGUUCAAACCGGUAACGGUCAGCUUCAAGAACCUGUCGUACUCGGUACGCAAUGGAAUAUUUCGCAAAGGUCGGGACAUACUGAAAGAUAUCAGCGGCGAGUUCCGGGCCGGGGAGCUAACCGCCAUCAUGGGCCCGUCCGGGGCGGGCAAGAGCACCCUGCUGGACAUUUUGGCGGGCUUUACUGAGGGUGGCUUCACGGGUGAACUUCUGGUCAACAAGCAGCCGCGGGAUCUGAAACGGUUCCGGCGGAUGUCCGCCUACAUCAUGCAGGAUCACGAUCUGCAGCCCCAUCUGACCGUGCUGGAGGCGAUGCAUUUCUCCGCCAAUCUCAAAAUCGGAGCCGAACUCAGCCCGGCGAGCAAAAAGAUUCGCAUGAACGAAAUACUCCGUGCCAUUGGGCUGCACGAGGCGAAGAAAACGCGCACCGGAAGGUUAUCCGGAGGUCAGAAGAAGCGGCUAGCGAUCGCGCUGGAAAUCGUGAACAAUCCGCCGGUAAUGUUCUUCGACGAGCCGACGAGCGGCCUGGACAGCUCCACGUCCACGCAGUGUGUCGCACUGUUGAAGCAGCUGGCCCGCGAAGGCCGCACGAUCAUCUGCACGAUACACCAACCGUCCGCGCUGCUGUUCAACAUGUUUGACCAUCUGUACGCGGUCGCGGAGGGUGAAUGCAUCUAUACCGGUGGCACCGGGAACAUUGUGUCGUUCCUGAAGGAGCUCGACAUCGUCUGCCCUGAGCAUUACAAUCCGUCCGAUUACUUGUUAGAAAUAGCAACGCACGACUACGGCCGGCUGAACGAUAGUCUGGUGGAAAAGAUGAUGAACGGGCAGAGCAACUUCUACCGCAAUCCGGAAGCGUUCGCGCCGACGUUCGAGAGCAAGCUGCUGCCGAUCAAGGAAUCGUCCCCGGACGGACCAAUGGUACUGCUCGAGAUGCCCCUGUUUCCCGAGCACGACAACGACGACGCCCGCAACCAGCAGCGGCCCGUCUCGCCCGUGCUGGCCACGCCAAAGAAACUCGCCAAAAAGCUGUCGUUCAACCCGGAGCGGUGGUGCGGUCGGGAUGAGAUCUACACCACCAGCUUCUGCCGGCAGUUUUCGCUGCUGCUGCUCCGCACCUUUCUCAUACUGAGCCGGGAUCGGUCGCUGAUGACGAUGCGGUUCGCGAUCCACUGUCUGAUUGCGCCACUGAUCGGGAUGCUGUACUUCGGGAUCGGUAAUCAGGCGGCGCAGAUCUUCAACAACUACAACUACGUGUUCUUCUCGAUCAUGUUUCUGAUGUUUACGGCGUUCAGCUCAAUGACCAUGGCGUUUCCACUCGAGCUGCCGAUUAUUACGCGGGAGCACUUUAACCGCUGGUACUCGUUGCGGGCGUACUACAUCGCCAUGACGGUGGCCGACAUUCCGAUCCAGCUGCUCUGCACCGUCACGUACAUACUCAUCACGUACUACAUGACCGGCCAGCCGCCGGAAGCGUUCCGGGUCGGUCUGUUUACCCUGAUCUGUCUGAUGGUCGCCUGGGUUGCGCAGGGGCUCGGCCUGCUGGUCGCAUCACUGUUUGACGUGAAGAAUGGCGCAAUCUUUGGACCCUUCUUCAUCUGUCCGUUCCUGAUAUUUUCCGGCUUCUUCAUACACCUGACCGAUGCGCACCCGAUCAUGCACUGGCUGUUUCACAUCUCGUUCCUUAAGUACGCGCUGCAGGGCGCCGCGUUAGCCAUCUUCGGCUACGACCGGCCCCGGAUGGACUGUGACGAAACGUACUGUCACUUUGUGUUGCCAAAGAAGUUCCUGAAGGAGGUCGACAUGCUCGAGGCGGACUUUGUCGAGGCUGUGAUAGCGCUCGGUGUGAUAUUUUUCGUCUUCCGGGUGUCCGCCUUCUACGUGAUGCAGUACCGGAUGAAGAAUAAGAUUUAACUGUCCCCAAUUCUGCUAGGAAGCUAGUCAGUUUGCACCGCCUCCCGUCCCGUCACACAGAGCUUUUUUUUUGGAGGGGGCCGCCAGCUUCGCUCACAACUCUCACAUUCCAUCGCAUUGGAAAGCAAGGGGUGCGCAUCGCCUCGAGGGGAAUACAAAUUUUACGGUAGAUGGUAGUAGCACGGGAAGGAGCGUUUGCGUUAUUAUUGUAAGGUAGUAAGGUGGUGCAAGUAGGCGCUUUUUGUUUUGCAAGGAGGCGGAAAAGGAGGAUCAGCUUUUCGCAGCAGUAGCAUUUAAGAAACGCAGAAGACUAAAAGAUUGUCGUACCCUGGGAGGGAGUGUGCGUACAACUCAACACGGCUCAUAUCUCUCGCCUAGCUUGCACGGUGUAAAACGAAGGCGGGUAAACGGACACUAAUCCAAAAAAAAUUAGAAGAAGCACAAUUCUGAAGUAUGCUGGUUACGUUUUAUGCUGCUUCGUAGGGUGGUAAGUUGUUUUUGAAUAAUGUUUGCAAGUAAUCAUGUGAUAUGUGAUGUAAAUAUAGCGCGCCUUUUACGAAUGGUUUUAA